AUACGAUUUCAGGGUCGACGUCAAGAAGAUGGAUACGUUAACGUGCAGCAGGCACAGGCGGAUGCUACCGCAUUAUACGAGGCAGGCGAAAAGAAGCUUGGAACCGAUGAGUCAAUUUUCAAUAGCAUCAUAGCUAAUCAGAGCCGAUCUCAGUUAUGCAUGGUGUUCGCUGAGUAUGGCAAAGUAGCUGGUCAUGACAUAGUUGCUGCCAUAGAAAGCGAAUUCAGUGGAAACUUGAAAGAAGCCUAUCUGACCAUUAUCCAAUGUAUAAGAAACCGGCCGGAGUAUUUUGCCGACAAACUCCACAAUGCGAUGAAAGGAUUUGGAACCGAUGACGAAACGCUGAUACGAGUUAUAGUAAGCAGGUCAGAGAGGGACCUCGUUCAGGUGAAAGAUCAGUAUUAUGAAAAGUAUCAGAAAUCGCUUGAGUCGUGCAUAAAGGUACGCCAUGUUUAUGCUAUUCUUCGCACAUAUAUAGCUUUGUUACAAUAUCUAAUUUUGCUUAUAUAUAACGUUAAAAUAACGAAUUUAGGGAGAGGGAGGUUAGCGGGUUACUUUGAGCUCUAGAG